AUGAUGCUGCGCGAGUACUGGACGAUCGUGCUCGAGGCCAAGACGCCCUACGAACUCUCUGUCCUCCGCUUCCACCGCAUCUACCUCUUUGUCGCGGUCUUUCUCAUCCAGUUUUGCUCGGGGUCGCUUUACUCGCUCCUCUUCCUCGCCGAUCCCAUCAAUCGGUUCUUUGGCUUUGGAGACAAUGCGCCGGAAGCCACGAACCUCCUCUUUGAAGCUGGCGUCUUUAGCCUCCUCUCCCCGGCGCUUCUCGGACCGCUCCUCGAGCGCACGGGGCCACGACGCAGCAUGGCUGCUGGCACGGUCCUCACGGCGCUCGGUCUUCUUCUGUCGCACACGGCAAUUCUCACGUCGUCAUGGUUGCUCUUACACGUCGGAUGUGAUUGCAUUGGGUUUGCAUUUGGCGCGAUCCUCACGUCGUCCAUCUCGACCGCGCUCAAGUGGGCACCCGACGUGCGCGGGACGGUCACGGGCGCGUGUCUUCUCGGGUCGGGCGUCGGUACCAACGUGUGGCGCAUCGCGUUUGAUGCGAUCCUCGCGUCGUCCCCUGACGGCCUCCAGAAUAUCUUUGGCCUCCUUCUCGCGGUGCUCGUGCCCAUGUUGAUGCUUGGAACGCUCGUGUUGCGGACGCCGCCUUCGGACUUUAGCGUUCGCGGCCACGACAUGCACUGCAUUCCGCUCGACAAGGCGCCCAACGCCGAUAUGGUCCUCGACGAGUACCUCAAGGUGGGCAUGACGCUCCUCAACUACAGCGCGAUCCGUCCAGCGUCCGACGCCCUCCUCGACGGCACUGAUCGACAGUACUACGAACAAGUCAAGGCGCUCACGCUACCCCAGUGCAUUCUCUCGACCGACUUUUUGUGUCUCUUUAUCGCGUUUGCCGCCAACGGUCUCUCGGGCUUGCUCUACACGGAAGUGACGGCCAUUCAAGUCGACCGGGACUUGCUCGUCGCCUGGUACAACAUUACGGACGACGAAGCGACGCGCGUCCGCCUUUGUGGCGCGGUCGCCGACCUUGUCGGCCGCUUUCUUGUCUCGGCGCUCUCGGACGUGUGCAUUCGCCUCUUGUAUGGCAACCCCGCGGUCGUACGCAAAAGCUGCUUUGUGCUCUUGCUGCUUGUCCAGUGCAUCGCCGUGCCGAUGCUCUAUUUCGCCUCGGACAAUAUGACCAACUUUGGAACGGUCGAGUGGCUGCUCUACACGGUGCAGUUUACCGCCAACGCCGGCGCGUCCUUGAUCGUGUGCUUCCUCACCGACAUGUACGGUGUGUACCAUGUCGGCACCAUGUAUGGCCUCGUGCUCAUGGGCUGGGCCGUUGAUCAAGUCGUGUUGGGUCGGGCGCCGUUCGAGGACGGUGGUGCACGGCAAUACACCACGCCCUCCUUGUCGCUGAGCAACGCACGCGCGUGCUCGUUCGCCACGACCCGGAUCGGCCCGAUGGCCGAAUCAAAGUCGUUCGUCACGUGA